AUGCAGUUGAGAUAUGAUGUCCUUUUUGAAUCGCAUGGAGGUGUGUUCACCCCCGGCGCGAACAGGAGACUAGAGUCUGCAGGGGAGCAGGCUCUGGAUAUGCCGCCGAUGUGGGCGGAUAACGGCUGUGACCCAGCUCUCGGCGCAAGCAUGGACGGUUGUGUGCACGAGACUCGCCUGACCGCUGGGGGCGAGCUAGGUCACAUGGGCAGUGACGACCAGCGAGCCCUCAGUGUGAGCAGGGGGCCUGUGAACACCUCCGACCUGCUUUCGAGCCGUGGUUUGAGGCCAGCGCUGCGUUUGUACAGUCCUGAGGGUGGCUCUGUACAUAGUAAUUUUCCUCGACCUCUGCCAGCACGCCGUAUGCUUCGAGUUGUUUUUGAUUCUGACCCUGCACAGCAACGCAUCAACUGUUGCAUACGGGACUUCCGACGGCUAGGUAUGUCCCGGCCCUCCGCAGAGGAGCCGCAUAUGGGAGCCGCUUCCUUCGGCCCCAACCGUGACUCUCGGCCCUCCACUGAGGAGCCGCACCGGGGAGCCGCUACCUUCAGCCACAGCCCGUCCGGGUGUCCAGGUCACUCUUCGCAGCUUGUGCGGUCACACGGAGCCAGCACGGCCUCUGCUCAGUCCUCCCUCCGGGAAGAAACCCAGGAGGUUCCAACACCCCGGUCACAGCCUGUGCAGUCACCUGGAACUGGCACGGCCCCCGCUCAGUCCCUCCUUCGGGAACGAGAAGCCCAGGAGGUAUCACCACCCCAGUCGCAGCCUGUGCGGUCACUUGGGACCUGCACGGCAUCUGUGCAACACGUCCUUGGCUCUGUUACUGCACAGCCAAGUCUCGAACGUUACAUGCGGGACUCACGACGUCUUGGUAUGCCACGGCCUUCUGCAGAGGAGCUGCACAUGGGAGCCGUUCUCUCCGGCCCCAGCCGUGACACUCGGCCCUCUACCGAGGAGCCGCAACGGGGAGCCGCUACCUUCGGCCCCAGCCCACCCGGGUGCCCAGGUCCUUCCUCACAGCCUGUGCGGUCACACGGAACCAGCACGGCGUCUGCCCAGUACUCCCUCCGGGAACAAGAAACCCAGGAGGUUUUUACACCCCAGUCGCAGCCUGUGCGGUCAUUUGGGACCUGCACGGCACCCGUCCAGCCUCAGGCUCCAGCCCUCCCCCGUGCGCCGGCAGAAGAGAUACCGGCGGCUCAUGAACCGGCCCUGCCACACACUCUUGCAUAUUGUGUCGCUGCACCUGUCCCAGUUGACCCUCCAACGGUGUACGGAGGUGGCUAUGCGGUGCCGGUACAACAGGCAGGCUUGCUUACGGAGGCGGAGAUUGCUGCACAGGGGCGACAAUAUACAGUGUUUGAGUUUCAGCGUAGACCUCGGGUCCGGCCCUUUGGAUCUACCUGGUCACUUCAGGACAUUGUCACCGAUGCCAUUCGCUCUUCUGGUGCGCCUGUCCGACAUGUGCGAGUGCUGGAUCCGGCCCUGGCAGGAUACCCUCUACCGCAGCUUGUACUUACGAGACGUGAAGCCCCGGCUGCUUCUAGGGCAAUUCCAUGCGAUCUCCGGCAUUUUGCCCGGGACGUUGUCACGGCUGAGAUACCCCCACAGGUUCUUUUGGCCGCGCUUCCCGAUCUUGUCAGAGCAGGGGCCCCAGCCCCGACUCUCUUCACCUUCCCAACUGGGGCAGUCGCAUGGCAAGAUGAAGUAGGGCGCAUCCAACAUGAACCCCAGACACCUUCUGGCGGCUGGCAGUGGCUGUGCUUGAUUGCCGGCCAAAUCCCUAUACCAGCCGGCCAAGGGGCUCAGGCUGCUGCUGUAACUGCCGGCACCACCCUUACUACCACGGGGGCUCGGGUGCCAACAGGCAUGCCCAACAGCUCCCUACCGGCACAGCGACUCAUGCAGCUAGCGGCCGCAGAGGCGGCGGAUCCGUACCAUCAGGAAGGCGCAGGUCUGUACCCGUCAUGCAUUGCAUUGCGGCCUGCCUUUCUGCGUCAGCCUGAGGUUGUCCACCGGCCUCUCGCGGAUUUGUGCUUGUUUGAAAGCCUGCGGGCCACCACGGGCGGGCUUGAGUUCACGGUGCAUGUCGCAGGCGCCGAGGCCGCUCUGCUGCCAGCACAUUCUGACUGGUCGCUCGCGGCUUUCUUCCAUGCCGCGACUGGGGUCACAGCUGAGCUGCCGCAAGCGGUCCAACUGCUCAUGUCUGGUGUCCCGGGCCUGCCUGAGCCGCAAUUUGUACUCACAGCCGCAGGAGCUGAUGAGCCGGCCGUCCCAGUUGACUUUCGCUUUGUCGGCGGCCCCAUUGUCACUGUUUCUGCCGUUCCAGGGCAGGACAUCGAACAUUUGGUCCAGGCUGCCCCGGGACUCGAGGAGUCUGAUCUCCUGCAGGAGCUUUUGCUAAACCGCGACCUUUUCCUACAGGAUGCUCGCGGUGGGGUGCACACCGCUGUGCCUGACAAUGCAGCCGAGUUGCAAUGGCUUCGGGUAGUCAGCCGGGCUGGUAUCAUUGGCAGUACUGCCAUGAUGCCGGCUGAUGCACCACCUUUGACCUCCACCUCCACGACCACCACAGCCAUGCAAACAGAGGCCACGACGGUCCGGUUCACGCUUACUGGGGCUGGUAUGACGAUGACCACAGCGCCGGUUCCCUUGCAGCAAUUUGAUGUUGUGUCCGAGCUUACGUCAUUGAUACUGGCAAUCACGCGCGCGGGGCGCUUGCCCCCCAAUGCACACGUCGUCAUGACUGCAGCAUGGCCCCUGCCCAGGGGGGGCCGGCACUACAACAUACCCAUUCUCGUCUACACUCCUGACGACUAUGAGUACAUUGUCCUGGAUCCGUCAAUCGACGGAUCCCAGGUUCACAGCCUGGUUGUGCAGGCCGGCACCUUGCCCGAGCAUGUACUGUCUCGCAAUCAGGAGAACCUUGGUUUUGCCGCUUGGGUUAAUGGGGCGCCACAGUCGGCAGUCCGCCGGCCUUUGCGAACGGGCGACUUUGUUCAGUUGUUCCCGGGAGACCUUCGCGUGCAAUACCCGGUCGGACACCCUAUGCAAUUGUUGGGAAGUGUGAACCGAUUGCAAUGCCUGAGUGCUCCGCUGCGUGUCCCGGAAUUCAACACUGUUGCUGCGAGAGCCUCACAUGCAGGAGCCAAUGCUGAAGUUCACCAGGCCCUGCUCACAGGAUUUGACAGAGCGACAAGAGCUCGGGUCGAGAUGUACGGACUGCCAUCUCGCACCAGGCAAAAGGUUGUGCUGCUGGAACCGGGCCGAGCACCGCACACCGUUUGGCUCGACCUUAUGUCCUGCCCUUCUGUUGAUGAGGCUGAACCCCUUUUGAGGGAGCUGCGUAUCUUCUCUGCCGACGCAAGAAUCCUUGAUUCUCGCAUCGAGACACUAGUUGCGCAAGUCUUCAUCAUUGCCCCGCGGGAGGUGCGCGGCAUGACGUACUCAGUGCCAAAUCCCAUCUACUUUGGGGCCUACACUCUCAUCCACCUGCCGGCCGACACCAGACCACCCUGGCACCUCCUGCCAGUACAUGACCAGCUCACCUUGGUCCCACCAUCUGAAGGUUGGAUCGAUGGUGCAGGUAUUCUAGUCGCCCGGCCUCUUGGACGACAGUCCCUUGCGCGGAUGGCACCUUCCCUCGCCCAAAUCCGACCGGGCACCGAGCUUCUGCCACCUCCUGUAGCUUCGACAGCUGCACUACCAGCAGAGCCUGCCUCUUCCAGUGGUAAUCCACCUGCUGCUACGGCGGCGCCUGCUACCGGCGCCGUUACCGGCUCGGGAGGCACCUCCUCGGCCGCGUCGAAGCCCAUGAGCAUCGUGACGGUGCCGUCCUCCGGAGGGACUUCACUCGCGCAGUUGCCCGAUCUUCGACAAGCGCAGCAGCGGCGGUGCCGCCAGGCCGAGGCUCAAGGCUUGGUCAGCGACCGUUGCCCUUGCAUCCUUGGACAGCUUCAAUGUUCGCCAGACCAGGCGAUCCGCGCUGCAGCGGAUGAAGCGGUUUUGGGCACCCCAGGGCGAGUUAGGAGACAAGUUGCGCACCUAGAAGCGAACAUAGAGGCUGUUAAGGUCUCAGUGGCUACCCCAUUUGGCCGCAGAGGGAUUUCGGCCUCCUCACGCGGUACGGCUGAUAACCUCUUGUCCGCUGAAUGCACAUCUGCUAACCUGGGAUGCAACUCCCUGCACCCGCAGGGCCCCAGUGCUAGUGAACUUCACCUGGACAAACAGUUUGUCGAGGUUAGACCGCUUGCCCCUGUGCUAGCAGGUGCAACAGACCGGACAGACAAAUGCCUGGAAGCUCCCUCCGUGUCGGAGGUGUUGAAGGUCACGGGUUCACCUGAUGUGCGCGAGCGUCGAAGCCUAUCCUUAGAUACGUGCAUUCCAGCUGCAGCUGACGCAGAGGUGUAUGCAUCGCUCCACCUAGGGCUUCCGGCAGAUGCCAAAACUCUGGCACUGGGAGGCUUCUCCCUUGCCCAUCUGUGCAGAAAGAAGCCUAGAGGGCGGGGUUUGCACACGGCGUCUAAAGAUUUCCUUGAGACGCUAGAUGCAGCACCGGAGACCGCCACCCCACAGGCAUUGCUCCUUUAUGUGGACGGAUCCUACGAAUCAGGCCGGGGAGCGUGGGCCGUUUGCUGUCUCGGGCUCUUCUCUGAGGAAUGGCUUUGGGUUGGGUACUUUGCUGAGUCUAUCAGUGAUGCACUACCCGUCCGGUCUGCAUUCGAUGCCGAAAUCUACGCCCAGUUGGUUGCAUAUGGCAUUGCGGCACACACUGCCGUCCCCACCACGAUUUACUAUGACUCCCAAAGUGCUGCUGCGGUGGCUAGUGGGAAUGCCAAGACUAGCGCAGUUGAUUGUCUAGUUCGUGCUGCUAUGGGGUUGUACAUGUGUGCUGGGGUGCAGGGGCACUGGCCUCUCCUUUCGCACGUCUACUCGCACCAAGGGGACCCCCUUAAUGAGCUUGUUGACUUUGCAGCAAAACGAGCCCUUAAGUGCCAAGGGCCUGCUGCCCCAUUGGGUGAUUCGCACGUCACGAGCUACAUCCUGGAAGGUGCCUUUGACUGGAUUUGGCUAUACACGGCCAGGGGUUCCUCCGUUGCAUGGCCAAGCAUUGAUGAAGAUGGCCGCUCACAACCAGUUGCCCCGGCGCCCGCGCCUCAGGCCCCCUGCAUUCCAGCUACCUGGGCAGCGGAUACUCAGCAAGAUGUGCCUACUUGCGUGCGACUGCACCUGCGGGCGGUCACUUAUAACACACUUUCAUGCAAAACUGCUCUACAGCGUCAGUGUCUCUCGGAAUACAUGACCGCGCACCGCAUUCAGAUCUUAGGCCUACAGGAGACCAGGCAUGACACAGUUGGCAAGGCUUGCGUCCAGGAUAUCCUACGCUUCGCAGGCCCCGCGCCUGGCGGACAACUUGGUUGUCAAAUCUGGAUCAAUACUGCAGCGGGACCAUGGGCGCGCCCCUUUUUCCGUAAAGCCUUCCAAAAUGAGCGCCUUCUCGAAGUACACGCCAAGCUUGGCGACCAGUGUCUGGUGAUCAUAGCUGGGCACAGCCCUACCGCCGUCGCUCCUGAGGCCGAACGUUCUGGCUGGUGGAGGAUGUUGCGGGACAGACUAUUGGCUGUACCUGCCGGCUACCAGCCGCUGCUCCUGCUUGAUGCCAACGCCAGAUUUCAGUGGGGCGAGCGUGCUGAGCAACCGACCAACAACAAUGCGCGUGCCUUUCAGGAGCUUCUGGACGAAUUUGCACUGCAGCGUACAGAUGCAUAUGAGUCUGAUGGUCGCCCUCGCGUUACUUGGCGCCCACCUGCCGGCAACCUUGGCACUGGAGCCUGCCUUGAUUAUGUCGUCGUACCUCGGGCCUGGGGUCAACACUGCACUCUGCAGGGUGUACUCCCGAUAUCCGACGAGCAUGCGGGCAUUGACCACGAUCCGGUCACUAUGGAGCUUGAUGUCCAGAUUUGGCGCCCACCCCGGGCAGCUCGUAAGCUGGAUAGAGGUGCCAUGCUCACGCCGGACGGCCGUCUCAAGCUGCAGCAAAUUUACAGCACCAUGCCCGAUGUGCCAUGGGAAACCAGCGUUGAUGCACACCUGCAGUGCAUCAACCAGCACCUGCAGCAUCACCUUGCAGCUGCAUUUCCAGCGACGGAUCGGCCCCGCAAGCCUUCCAUGUCGCAGAGCACUUGGCAACUUAUAGCGGACCGCCGGGAGCAGCGGCGUGUCUAUAGGCGCCGGGCCACGCUCCAGGCCAGGUCAGUCUUGGACCAAUGUUUCCGGGCUUGGCGCGGCCUAUCAGGCGCAGACGCAGGGCGUCUGCACCAGGCCCGCAAGCGAUGUGACCUUGCAUUGGCGCAGCACAUGCGCACUAUGCAAUACUUGAGCCGACAGCUGAGGGAAGCACACAGAGCAGAUGAGGCUGAGUACGUUCGGCUUAUGUAUCAAGACUGCCGAGAGCAAGGACCCACCGCCCUUGCACGCCGGCUUCGGUCUGUCCUUCGCAGUGGCAGAGCUACUCCCCAAGCUGGCCUUCCGGAGGCCUUGAAGGCGGGCGGUGAGGUUGUCACUGACCCGAAUGCCAUCCUUCGAGCAUUUGGUGCGCAUUUUGCUGAUGCUGAAGAUGCUACAGAGGUCCGCCUCGACAGCUUUGCGAUUGCUCACCAGCCGGGCCAAGAACAAGUUGCACUAGACGGUGCCCCCACGCUUGCUGAUGUGUCUGCCUCAUUUGCCUCCCUCAAAUCUGGCAAAGCACCGGGCCUGUCUGGGAUUCCAUCCGAGGCCUAUUCACAGUGUGCGCCAUUUGCUGCUGUCUGCCACAUGCCCCUGGUGUUAAAGGCAAUUGGACGACGGCACAUGCCGCUCCUUUGGACGGGGAUGAGGGCCCACCCGAUUCCCAAGGCCGGAAAGCCUGCGGACCUCUGUCUUGGUUACCGGUCCAUUGCACUGGCCGAACCAGCAUGCAAAGCCAUUACCAAGGCUACGCGCAGGGAACUUAGCACCGCUUUCGAACGCAAGGCCCUUCCUACCAUCGGAGGUGCUCGUGCUGCUUUCCCCGCCGAGGUUCCUUCCAUGGCUGUGCGUUCCCAUAUUGCCGCCCUCAAGCAACAGCGUAAGGCUGGCUCUGUCCUGUUUGUUGACGGCGUCUCAGCCUUCUAUGCUGCGCAUCGAGGACACCUCUUUACCAGUGAGGCUGGAGCGCUGAAGCAAUACAUUGAAUCUCUACCGCUUGAGCCAGAGGUUCGAACGAGGAUCAUGUGUGCAUUGGCAGAUACCGGCGCCCUAGAAAGAGCUGGCAUCAGCGAUGCCACUGUCACGCUCCUUCGGGCGGCGUUCCACAACACGUGGUUCUCUGUGGAUGCCACUGCACCGCUUGUCUACAAAACGGCCAAAGGAACGGUGCCCGGUUCCCCUGUGGCCGACAUGUUGUUCCAGUACGUCAUUGAGGCUUCGAUGGCGUGCCUGUGCAGUCAGUUACGUGAUGAGGGAGUGGCAGCCCAAUUCACCACAGGAGAUGAUGCCGCCCAAGCCUCGCCGCAGUCCUGGCUUGACGACAUUGCAGUGCUUGUGACUUCCGCCACCCCGGAUAUGGUUGCGGCCGACACGUCUCGCGCAGCUUCCCUGGUUUGCCAGUACCUUUCGGUGGCAGGCAUUGAAGUGAAUUUCUCCGCAGGGAAAACAGAAGCUGUUGUCUGCCUCCACGGCGCUGGCUCCGCCAAGGCACGCGAGACUCUCUUUGUCACACAGGCGGCCGAGGUCGAUGUCCGGAUGCCUGACAAUCGCAUUCUCCAUCUGCGAUGUGUCGAUCGGUACACUCACCUUGGAGUUGUCCGGGAUGGGCGAGCUGAAGAUGUGACAGCCGUCACUGAACGUGCCAAAUUGGCGCGCGACGUCUUCCCUGCCUUCAAGAGACGGAUACUAGCCAAUGCGCACUUGACUCUCCCUGAGCGUCAGAAUCUGUUGGUUGCCGUUGUCCUAGCCAAGUUCCUCCACGGUGCCGGCACAUGGACCUUAGACAGCGCUGCGAGCAAAGGAGUCUUUGACAAGUACUACAUGGGCUUCCUGCGCGGCAGCGUUAAACCUCUGCACAAGGUGUCAUGCAGAAGGCUCAAUGCGCAGCAGGUUUGUGCACUCACUGCGACCCUGCUGCCAGACGAGGCGUUGGCCGUCCGCCGUGUCCGCGUCCUUGCCCAAUUGCACCAGAGAGCCGACGCAUAUUUGAUCCAGAGCCUGGUCGCGGAGGGCAAAUGGCUUCAGCAGGUGCGGACUGAUGUCCUGCUAAUUGCCUCCCUACUGUCUGAUGCGUCCCUGCUCAGCUGGGUCCAGAGUGGGCCCACCACUGAAGGCCUCAUCCUUGCUUGGCCGAGAGACCGACCUGCCACCACCUCGCUUCUACAGCGCUUUCGCAAGGCGUGCAUAGCUAGCCGGUCGGAGCUGGUACCAGGUGCAAUUCGGAAGGCCGAGGCCCAUCAGGCUGUUGCGGACGCCGGGCUCCACUAUGCGCGGAUCCCACAGGCAUGUCACCCAGCGACCUUGCAUAGGUGUGAUGUUUGCAACCGAGGCUUCCGAGGUGCCGCGCGCCUCGCAGUGCACAGGGCUAAGACGCAUGGAGUGCGUGCCAUGCAGACAUAUGCAUGGGGCACAGCCUGCGAGGUUUGCAGGAGGCAAUACUGGGACACUGCCCGUUUGCGUGACCACUUCCGUAGGUCGCCAGCUUGUGCUUUUAAGUACCAGCAAGCGGAGGUGGAGGCCGCAGCUGUUCCAGAGCAGUGUGCCCCACGCUCUACCCCACCGACCGCAUUGGUGGGACCCACCCCUUGGUGGGCCACCCUACGGCCUCAGCCCCAGCCUGCUGCUGAGAGCCCCACUCCCGGCAACCACGAUGAUAGCUUGGAUAUCAGCCAGCUUGUUGAGCUGCACCAGGUUACCACUUUCGUUCAGCAUUGGUUGCGUCUGGUUGAGACGGGCAUUUCCUGGCAUGCUGGUUUCGGCGAGGCGGACUGGCAGAGACCCCUUGUACAGUUAGCCGCCGUAAUAGCUGAAAACAUCCACCUUGUCGAUGGUGAACACACCUUUGAGACGGGUGAUUUCGCUGUUGUCCUUCAGGGCGAUGCUAUCCUGUUUGGACCAGCUGAAGCACUGCGCAGAGCGCGUGCCACAGCUUGGCCUUUUCUCUAG